AUGGAAUGUAAUAUUAAUAAUAAUAAUAAUAAUAAUAAUAAUAAUAAUAAUAAUAAUAAUAAUAAUAAUAAUAAUAACAAUAGUAAUAAUAAUAAUUGUAAUAAUAAUAAUACUAAUAAUAAUAAUAAUGAAAAUAUUAAUGAGCACCCACUUGAAAUGGAAAUAGUUGAAAAUGAAAAAGAAUGGGUUAUUUCAUCAACGGUGGUUAAAGAACAAUUAUUGACAAUUACCGAGAGAUUUAAUGAUGGUUUUCAUUUCCAUAAUUGUAAUUAUCAUUUUUCUAGUAAUACUACCACUACUACAGCCAGUGUUUUAUCCAAUAACAAUAACAAUAACAAUUUAAAUAUUAAUAAAUACACUCAUAAUAUAGUGUUAAAUGAUAAACAAAUUAAUUGUACAUAUGAUCGUAAUUGUAAAGUUCAUAAUAAUAACGGUAUCAACAACAACAACUAUUACAGACAUAACCAUAACCAUAACCAAGUAGACAAUUAUGAUUAUAGAAAAACAAUCAAUCCAUUAGUUUCAAUUUCAAAAGAUCUUCAAAGAGAACUAUCAGAAACAUUCAAUGUUUCAAUGGAAUUGGCAAAGAGUGGUGCAGAAAAUCAUUUAAUUGAUGAUGAAGAUGGUUUUAUUUCUCCAAGUACUUCAGAGGAUGAAGGUCCUUCAACUUCAAAUAAAAAUAAAACAACUACAUCUGCUGCCACUUCAACUGCAACAAUUCCUUUAGAAAAAUCAACAAAGUCAACUGAUGUAUCUAAAAGCCCAACUACAACAACAACUACAACAACUACAACAACUGCAACAAACGGAAAAACAGAAGAUAAUUCAACUAAAAAACCAAAAAAGUCAAGAAGAUAUUCAAUUUUUUCAAGUCAUAAACAUGAUAAAAAUAAAAUUGAUAAAAAUGAUAGUAAUAAUAAUAAUAAUAAUCAAGAAAAUGGUAGUGGAAGUGAUGAUAGUCAAUUAGAAUCAGAGAAAAUUAAAGUUAAGGGAAAAGAAGCAAAUUUAUUAUUUAGAAGUAAAGAAACUGAAAAUCCACCAGAAUUAACACCAACAUUAGUACCAGAGAAACCAAGAGACAAGGACCUAUUAAAAGCAAAAGAUAAUUAUUAUCAAUAUAGUAGUAGCGGCUCCUCUUCUGAUGAAUCAUCUGAUGAAAUUUCUUCACCAAAACCUACAAAAUUAGUUGUUGCUGAAGUAAAUCUAAAUGAUAGUCCAAUUGCAUGUAGAUUGGUUGAUCGUCAAAUUCAAUCAAGACAUUCCAAUAGAAAGAAAUCUUCAAAGAAAAAGAAAAAUAAUUUAACAAAUAAUAUUACAACUUUAAAUGAUAUACCAGAGGAAUUAAAUUUAGAAGAUUUGGCUGAUGAUGACCCUCAUCAUAAAUCUUUAGUUGAAGAAGGUAAAAAUUUAUCUGAACAAGCUAGUAAAUCAAUGAAAGUUAUAACUGAAUUAUUAAAUAAAUUAUUUAUGAAAAAGAAAUAUAGUAAAAUUGAUUUAUUUAUGGGUUUAGUAUUAUUAAAUAGUUAUUAUAAAGAAAUUGUAAUUAGAAAUUGGGAUUGUAUGAGUGAUAAAGAAAAAUUAGAAGAUGGUUUAAGAUAUUGUAGAUUUAGUACUGCAGCAUAUGGUAGAAAAUUAUAUUAUGGAAUUAUGAGUAGUGGUAUUAUGAAAUUAUUAAAAAGUGUUGUUAGUACUGAUAAUACAAAUUUAAAGAUAAUUUCAAAACAUUGUGGUGUAAAGAAAGAGGAUAUUAUAACAUCGAAAUGGUUUAGUUCAAGAUACAGUCCAGGUCAUUAUUUAGCAUUGGAUCAUGAAAAGAAAGCAGUUGUAUUCGUUUUACGUGGUACAUUUAAUUAUUUCGAUGUUAUAACAGAUUUGGUUGCAAAAUCGUAUAUUUAUAAAGAGGGAGCAGCUCAUUUGGGUAUUUUAUUAUGUGCACAUAUGAAAAUGAAGGAAAUGUUUAUUCUGAUAAAGAAAACAUUGGAGCUUUGUAAAGGGUACAAGUUAAUUGUGACCGGUCAUUCAUUAGGCGCAGGUGUUGCAUCAUUAUUUACAAUUCUAUUCAAUGAUAUACAUCCAGAGAUCCCAGUUCAUUGUUUUGCCUACGGUGUACCGAGCAUAUUAUCAUUGGAGGUUGCACAACAUCCAAAGAUAAAAUCACUAAUAACAACCUUCUGUAUGAAUGAUGAUAUAAUUCCAAGAUUAUCAUUCAAUUCGUUGUUUUACCUCAGAGAGGUAAUCGAUUCAAUUCUUCUCCAAAGUAAAACUAAAGCUCAGAAAGUUUUUCAAAUAUUUUCAGCUGGUAAUAAUUUAGGUGAUAAAUUGACUAAAAAGUUUAGUAAAAUCUUAAAAGUUUCACCAACUAUCGAAUUAUCAAAUGUUGAACAUUCAGACUCUGGUGAACAAUCUCUAUACCCACCUGGUGAUGUUUAUCGUUUAGUUAAACUUUCAAAAGGCAUCUAUGUAGCUGAAUCAACUCAACAAAAAAGUUAUGAUAAAAUCAUAGUUUCCACAACAAUGUUUACUGAUCAUAUGCCAAAUAAAUAUGAAAAAGGUAUGAUCUCUGCUUUUGAAAAUAUUAAUAAAGAGGAAUAUACAAUUAAACCAAAAGAGAAUUUCAUUGAUCCAAUUCAAAAUCAAGAUUCAAAUAUUAAUAUUUCAAAAGAACAGGAUUCCAUAAAUGUUAACAAUAAUAAUAAUAGUAAAUCUCCAGAUGUAAAAUCUUCACCAAUCACUAAUGGAUCUCAAAUUGAUUUAACAAAUUUACAAGAUAUAAUACCAACUUCAUUAGGUUGUACAAAUGCGGAGCCUCAACAAUAA